AUGGAAGAGAUGACUGCGGGUUCCAGGCUUAUAUUUGGCACUCUUUAUCCCGCAUAUUAUUCUUACAAAGCCGUGAAAUCAAAGGACAUCAAAGAAUAUGUCAAAUGGAUGAUGUACUGGAUCAUAUUCGCGCUCUUCACGACAGCAGAGACAUUCACGGAUAUCUUUCUUUGCUGGUUUCCAUUCUACUAUGAACUCAAAAUAGCUUUUGUAGCUUGGCUGCUCUCUCCAUACACAAAAGGCUCCAGCCUCCUGUACAGGAAAUUUGUUCAUCCAACGCUGUCUUCAAAAGAAAAGGAGAUCGAUGACUGCCUCGUCCAGGCAAAAGACCGGAGCUACGAUGCCCUUGUGCACUUUGGGAAGCGGGGGCUGAACGUCGCAGCCACGGCAGCCGUCAUGGCGGCUUCAAAGGGACAGGGGGCCCUGUCUGAGAGGCUAAGGAGCUUUAGCAUGCAGGAUCUUUCGACGAUUCGUGGAGACAGCAGCAGCACUGUUCCUCCUUCGGUCACUGUACGAACAAGUAGCAAACAGAGCCAGCCAAAAACAUCCAGAAGUGCAUCGGAAGGCACUGGCAGCUCAGUGUGCACGUGUUGCUCAGUAUGCCGACUCCUCAGAGGUGUGGACAAUAAGUAUGAAAAGCCACCUGAGGCAAACUGUGAAACAAAAGGCUCUGUGUUCUCAGAUGAUGAAGAGAAUGAUUCACUGGAUUGUGCAUCCAUGAACAAAAGGCCCAAAAAGAAGGAUCACCCCCUUGAGGCACCGCCUAGGACCCUUAGACCUCGCUUCAGGAAGAAAAGUACCUCGUCCUCUGCCACUGAAACAAUGGGCCAGCGUCAGCGCAGUUACGGUGGUCGCCAAUUGCUGAAUCAGGCUCACAUCAAAUAUAGCCCAGACAGGCUUCACGCGUAUCGCUGUCACCUUGGAAUCAAUCGCCUGCUGAUCUAA